GUCUGUAACUACCAGGGUGCAGCUCGAGUGGUAGUUCAGCUGGUGACCAACACCACAGAGCCCCAUCUUCAUGCUCACAGCUUGGUGGGCAAACAGUGUGAUAAAGGAAUCUGCAUUGUCGAAUUGCUGCCCAAAGAUUCAAGCAUCAGUUUUCCUAACUUGGGCAUUUUGCACGUGACAAAGAAGAACGUGAGCAAAGUUUUGGAAGAGAGGAUGAUCGAGGCCUACAGGAUGGGAUAUAACUACGGCAUAUUCAUCAAUCCUGAGAUUGAUGCCCUACAAGGAGAGGUUCGCGUGCCCAGAGAACUCGCAGACGCUGAGAGGAACCUGAUUAGCAGUGCAUCUAUUCAUCAGUCAAAGGAGAUGGAUCUGAGCGUGGUACGGCUCAUGUUCACAGCCUUCCUGCCCGACAGUGAUGGAGGGUUCUCCCGCAGGCUGGAACCAGUCAUUUCAGACCCCAUCUUUGACAGCAAGGCCCCAAAUGCCUCCAAUCUGAAGAUAGUGCGGAUGGAUCGGACUGCUGGCUAUGAUAUCCAGGUGCGGUUUUAUGAAGAUGAUGAGUCAGGUCUAACCUGGGAGGCCUACGGGGAUUUCUCCCCCACCGAUGUCCACAGACAGUUUGCCAUUGUCUUCAAGACGCCUAAAUAUCGGGACCAGAACCUCCAGAAGCCCAUCUCUGUGUUUGUGCAGCUAAAAAGAAAGUCAGACAAUGAAACGAGUGAACCCAAGCCUUUCACCUACCAUCCACAGAUUAUAGACAAAGAAGAAGUCCAAAGAAAGAGACAGAAGACACUGCCAAACUUCCAGGACUACAGUGGAGCAGGAGGCGGAGCUGGGGGCAUGUUUAGAGGAGGAGGGGGUGGGUCUACAGCAGGGGGCGGUCCCAGUGGAGGAGGAGUGGGAGGACAUUUCUUCCAGGGAUAUCAAACCUAUAACAAUUUUGGGUCUGGAUACAACUUCUCCUCAGGCAUGGGAGGAGGCGGGACCACCAUCAAGCAUGCGUAUCAAGAACCGGUGGAAGACAGUGAUGAGGACAGUGACAGUGAUACCGAUGAUGAUCCGGCAGCAGGUGAGGUGGUGCGAAUCUGUGCCCAUCCUGAACCUGUUGAUUCGAGAGUGGCAAGUGAGGACACAGAGCCUACAGAAAAUCUGGAGUUAAACACCACAGGCUGUGUGUUAGAGCCGCAUUUGGCUGAGCUAGCUGGAAGACAGGCUCAAGCUCUCUUUCAUUACGCAGUAAGUGGUGAUGCUAGAAUGCUUCUGGCUCCACAGCGCCCCCUCAUGACCACUCAAGACGAGAACGGAGACACGGGUUUACAUCUGGGAGUGAUCCAUAGUCAGACAGAUGCCGUGCGAAAUCUAGCACAAGUCAUCUCGGCUCUCCCCGGAGAGGACAUAAUCAACAUGAGGAAUGAUCUGUACCAGACUCCUUUGCACCUAGCAGUGUUGACACAGCAAAAAGAGGCGGUCGAGGCCUUGUUGGAGGCCGAGGUGGACAUCACACUCACAGAUCGCCAUGGAAACACGGCACUUCACCUGGCGUCUCAGCAGAAAGAGGACAGCAUGCUGCGAUUGCUGCUAAAGUACAAACCAGUGGUGCAAUUAACCAGCAUCCCGAACACAGCAGGUCUCUGUCCGCUUCACCUGGCUGUACAAGCAAACAGUUUGAGUUGUGUGCGAGCCCUGCUGGAUGACGGGGCAGAUGUGGAUGUUCAGGAGAUCACGUGUGGCCACACAGCACUUCACCUGGCCACAGAGCUGGGAAACCUUUCCCUUGCCGGCUGCCUCCUGCUGGAGGGUAAUGCAUAUGUAGACAGCGUCACCUAUAAUGGUUCAACUCCUCUGCACAUUGCUGCAGGACGUGAUUCAACCAAACUGUGCGCGCUCCUGAUGGCUGCAGGAGCAGAUCCUCAUAAAGAAAACUUUGAACCACUGUUCUUCAAAGAAGAUGAGUUGUGUGGUACAUGUGAGGAGGAGGAGGAGGAGGAGGAGGAAGAUGAAGGCUAUAUUCCUGGGACAACCCCUCUGAACAUGGCAACCUCCCCAGAGGUGUAUGAUAUUCUUAAUGGAGAAGAGUAUCAGCUCACCACCACUGUUGUUCCACCACAAGGUGACAUGAAGAGCUUGAGCUCUGACACAAAGCAGGAGCUGUGCCAGGCCCUGGAAGGACAGACGGGAGGCUGGGAGAGUCUGGCUCAUGCUCUGGGGCUUGGCAUCCUGACCAGUGCCUUCAGACUCAGCUCCUGCCCUGCUAGAAAGCUGCUGGACAGCUAUGAGGUGUCUGGAGGAACGGUGCGUGAGCUGGUUGAGGGACUGAAGCAUGUUGGGAACAGCAGUGCUGUCAGUUUACUCCAGGCUAUGUGCAAGGAGCCUGAAGCUGUCCACACCACGCCUCAGCUCACAGGUCCAGGGCUCUGUAAGUCCAUUCAGGGUUUGACACUGGGCCCCCAUCAGGAAGAGAGUGGGAUAUGCGACAGCGGGGUGGAGACCUCUUUCUAGAGCCCUAACCUCAGUCUUGCCGACUCCAAACACAAUCGCACAAACUGAGGCCUGACCCUAAAAACAGCUUCUCCCUCCUCACUACAGCACCACUUAACCUCAGGAUACACCUCCAAACUCUUUGAUUGGUCACCGCCCACUGUGGAUGCUCCACCCAAAAUGCAAAUGAGGGAACUUUGAGGAGUCCUUAAGCUUUCUGGCCACAGGGAUUUUCUUCUAUUUUUUUUUAGCUUUUAAUAUAAAUAAUACCAAAAAGCACUUAUUUGAACAUUUUAUUUUGUCCUUUUAUAAGAGCUAUAUUUACUUGGUCAUUUUUAAUUUCCAAGUGGCUAGUUUCAGUUGUGCUAAAGCUGAGGCAGCAGAUGAAGUCCAGAGCCCAUUUGGAACAAAUAUAGUUACAUUAAAGG